UUUGUCGUGACAAAUGACCUGCCUAUAAACAAAAAUUAUUUGUAGGCUUGGUGAGGUAUUUUGUUUUGAAAACUACAUUCCUGUCAAGGUUCACGGUUAUUAUUACGAACCCUAGUGGGGUGUUUUAGACCGAAAGCCACAUCUCUCUGGGGUGGCACGAUUUGCAAUAUUAACCCUUGUGUGAUGCAAAAUCAACCCCGUUGGGGUUAUUUUUUGUUAUCCUGGACACUUGUGGGGUGAUUUCAGGGGAAAAAGAAAACCUUUCUGGGGUGUCUUGUUCAACAGAUUCACUCUGCUUGUUUUUUUGAGUAUUCACUCCUUUCUCCACUCUAAUAACCUAUAUAUAUACACAUUAUAUACACACAAGUGGUAUUGGCAAGGAUCUCUAUAAGAAGAGGUCAUAAAAAUGGAAAAAAACAAAACAAGACAAAACCAAUGCAAAUGCACUGCCCCUUUUUGUCUCCAGAACAAGAAUGGUGGUCACUUCACUGCUGCCUCCUUCUCCGCUCACUUGAAGAGUGUGCUAUAUGGCCUUACGGGAAAGCUGGCCUCUAUAAACAUCCUUCGAUCUUCGUUCAUCACAUGGGCAUACGACAAAUCGGACUGUACCGACUCUCUCAAGGUUUCCUUGGCAUCUGCGCUCAGGCAUUCACGUAAACAAGCACAAACUACGUAUGAUCGGCGCACAGCAAAUCAGAAGAAACGGCUGGCAGUUGACUUGGCCAGAGAUUACGCAGAGGGCCGUCUCGACGAAGAGGAAGAUGCGACUGCUGAGCAA